UUACAAAAUCAAUCAAAACAUUUCAAACAAAUUAAACCAACAAAACAACCAACCAAAACACCUUCUUUUAUUUUUUCCACAAUUAUGCCUCGAUCAACACCUCCGUCAUCCCCUCAUCGUCCCAUCAUCUCCGAUCCUUCCGACACCGCUUCCUCCGAACAUCGCCUUCGCGAGGCGGAGGAGCGCCUCAAAGAAGCCAUCCAAGAGCUCCAGCGUCGCCAGCUUAGUCGCGCCGCUACGGCUGCAGCGCGUGGACCUCACUGCCCUCCCUGCGAUCACCCUGAUGACUCCUGUGUUGCUCACGCCAUUGGUAAUCUCUGUCAGAGCUUCCUCCUCUCAUAUGGCGUUCGUGUUGGUAUUGGCAUCCUAUUGCGCGCGUUCAAGCUUGCUCGUGGUCAUUCUUACUCUUCCCUCCUUGAUCUUAAGCAACUUGUCUCGGAGAGGGAUCUGAUUGUUAGAGAGGAAGCUUGUCGUGUUGGGUUGGUUUUUGGUGGUUUAACUGGAUCCUAUCAUGCCCUGAGAUGUAUACUGAGGAAGUUGAGGAGAAAAGAAACUCCUUUCAAUGCAAUCUUAGCAGGCUCUAUUGCAGGCUUGUCAAUCUUAGCAUUAGAUGAUCCCAACCAAAGGCGUACUCUAGCUCUGUAUCUUUUGGCCAGGCUGGCUCAGUGUACUUACAACUCUGCUAAAUCCAAGAACAAAUUUCAUCUAUGGGGAAGCCACUGGAGACAUGGUGAUUCUUUACUCUUUGCUUUAUCUUCUGCGCAGGUCAUGUAUUCAUUCAUAAUGCGUCCUGAGAGCUUACCAAAAUCCUAUCAAGAUUUUAUUCAAAAAACAGGGCCAGUGGCAAAACCUGUAUACAAGGCUGUCCGGGACUGUUGUAGAGGUAGUGCGGUGGAUGUGGCUUCAUUGUCAGAAUACUUGUCAAGUAGAGGGGUCCAAAAUUCAGUGUCUCUGGAAGAGUUCCCUUCCAUAAUUCCCUGUUCCAUCAUUCAUCCAAAUACCCAGUCAUGUUUAGCUCAUGAUAUGAAAGCAGCAACAAAUACUUUUAAAAAAACCUUUCCUCUCUAUUUCUCGCUGACCUUUGUACCUUACGUGGUUCUGCAUCUACAAAAGUUCUUGGAAACACCAGCUCAAACUAGUUGGCGUGCUUCAAAAGAGGCUGUUCGCUCAACUACAUUCUUGUCAGCAUUUGUUGGGAUCUUUCAGGCUGUAAUUUGUUUGCAUAGGAAAGUGGCGUCAAAAGACCACAAACUUGUAUAUUGGCUCUCAGGUGGACUUGCUGCCCUUUCUGUGCUGUUUGAAAGAAAAAGUAGGCGGAGUGAACUUGCCUUGUAUGUUCUUCCGCGUGCUGGAGAUUCUUUAUGGUACAUAUUGGUUAAUCGCCAUUUGCUUCCAAAUAUUAAGAAUGCUGAGGUGGCUUUAUUUUGUGCUUGUAUGGGUGGGAUCAUGUAUUAUUUAGAGCAUGAGCCGGACACGAUGGCUCCAUUUUUGCGGGGCAUAUUACGCCGCUUCUUGGCAAGCCGAAUUAGUAAUCCUAGUCCUCCACCAAAUCGUAAUGCUUCAUAUGCAUAUUUACAGGCUUUCGAGGCCAUGGAAAAGCCAAAAAUACAGGAGAAAGAAGGAGCUGCAGAGGCGGCUUCUGCCAAGUAUAAUCUUGAGGCUAUUUCAGGGCUCUGAGAAUUUAAAGAUAAUAACCUAGCUGUUAAUCCUUUCAUUUUUCAACACAUUAUUUAAGCCAUCUGUGCUACUAUGUUAGGUCUGGUGCUUGAAUUAGUAUUCCAGCAUCUCGUUGAUUAGAGCUAGCUAUUUAGAGUUACCUCUUCCACUUCUUCUUCUACUUCUUCGUCUUCUUCUUCUAACCACAGUACAGUUAGCGGUCCAAAAGUGGAAGGGGUUUCAUGUGCAUGAAUGCAUGAUUAAAUCGGGGAAUUAUCUAUGUUGAUUAUUAUGAUAGGUUAUUUUUUCCUGUGGCAGUCUUGGCACUUGUUUCGUGUUGUAUCGUGUUGACCCGUUUAGUUAAAUGUGUCGAAAACCUCAGUUACAUUCUUUUCUUGGUUCGUCCAUGUCGUAUAGUAUUAUGUUAACAAAGUUGGUCUUGUUUAAAUGAGUUAUCAUCAACUCUAAAUUAUUGGUUUUAUAUUCCUAGACAAGUCGAGUCGUGUUUGUAAAAUGUUGGAAAAGUGGGUCAGUUUGUAAAAUGGCUCAUAGCAAAGGUAUACUGCAGAGUAUUAGAUAAUUUCCCAGAUUUCCAAGAGUUGGGGAAUUUGAUUUGUAAGUGUAACUUCUGGUUAUCAUCAAAGUCGUAUCAACAUUCUAAUGUAAUACUUCAUAAGUUCGAUUUUUGAUUCUUCUUA